AUGAGCUCCAACGGCUUGACGGUCGAGCAUUUGGCUGCCGGCGCAAACAGACAGACUGCCGUUGCGGACUGGAGCCGGACGGGGCUGUUGGCUUAUGGAGCGGAUUGCAACAUUGCUCUCUGGCGGCCAGCUGCCGAUCCUCCAAGAGGCGUAUUCAAACUCUUGAACGGGCAUAAAGAAACAGUCAAAGCCCUGACAUUUCUGCCCGAGCUUGAGAAUGACUCCUCAAGUUACUUCAUCAGUGGCUCAGAUGAUAAGACGCUGGCUGUCUGGAAAUCUUGCCAUGACAGACAAGAUUUCGAGUUGCUUCAGACGGCAUCUGAGCACACCGGGCCAGUAAACUGCGUUACCGCUUUGCGAGUCGCUGCUGAGCAGCCAAAGUGGAUAGUCGCGACGGGAGCAGCAGAUGCAACCAUCAGAAUUUGGAGUUUUGAGAAUGAUCAGCUGCAGCUGAUUCAGACUGUCAAUACGACACCGAAAUACUUCCCUCUAUGUCUUUCACUCAAUAUUCUUGGCGCCGACAAUGACGCUUACAUCCUUGCUUCGGCUGGCACAAAGGAUGUCAUCCAGAUCCUGACAGCCGAGGCGAGGGCGGAUCGGAUCCAGUUCAAUCUUCAGGCAACGCUCAGCGGCCACGAAGGCUGGCUUAGAUCCCUGAGCUUCGCCAAGGAGACGAACAGCCCGGAUAGCGAUCUACUUCUCGCGUCGGCCUCCCAGGAUAAAUACAUCCGAAUCUGGAGAGUGCACCAGGGCAAGGAACUCCCCGCCUUGGCUGCUGAAGGCUCGGACCCUUCUAGCGGUGCUUUCAUGCCUGGAAAGUCCCCAUCCAAUAAAGCGCACUGGCUCAAGAUAUCUGAAAAGGACUUUUCUGUAACAUUCGAGGCUUUGUUGCUGGGCCACGAGGAUUGGAUUUACAGCGCAAAGUGGCAUUCCCAAGCUGAUGGCAAGCUGCAGCUCCUGUCUGCUUCUGCGGAUAACUCGCUGGCUAUCUGGGAGGCUGACCCUGGCUCCGGCAUCUGGGUCAGCAUGGUGAGACUUGGAGAGAUUAGCAGAGAGAAAGGUGCCACGACGGCAACAGGAAGCACUGGCGGCUUCUGGACCGGCCUGUGGUCCCCCGGUGAUAAAUCAGUGGCUUGUCUGGGCAGAACGGGCAGCUGGAGAAGGUGGGAAUAUGACGCCUCAGAAGACAUGUGGAGGCCUUGUAUUGCCAUUUCUGGCCACACAAAGGCUGUUACCGGCAUCUCUUGGUCCAAAGAUGGCGGUUUUCUCCUCUCCACAAGCUCAGAUCAGACAACCCGACUUCAUAUGAAGUGGAAAAGCCACGGCACAUGGCAUGAAAUGUCUCGCCCGCAAAUUCACGGCUACGAUCUAAACUGCAUCGACUCGCUGGGUUCCUCGCAAUUUGUUUCCGGCGCUGAUGAGAAGUUGAUGAGAGUCUUCAGCGAGCCCAAGGCCGUGGCCACCAUGCUCAAUCGACUGGGAGGCAUCGAUGGAGCAAACAUUGCGGACAUGCCUGAUGCUGCCAACAUGCCCGUGCUAGGCCUCUCCAACAAGGCCAUUGACACCUUGGACGACGACCAGGAGAUUCAGCCCAUAGACGAUCGUGAUCGAGACGCUAUCGAUCCUGCGUCCAUUGUCAAGAAGUCAUACCUGGAUAUCGACCACCCGCCAUUCGAGGAAACGCUCUCUCGGCACACCCUCUGGCCCGAGAUGGAGAAGCUCUACGGCCACGGCUACGAAAUCUCCUGUCUUGCCGCCAGUCAUGAUGGCAAGCUCAUCGCUAGUGCCUGCAAAGCCAGUUCCAUCAACCACGCCGUCAUCCGCAUCUUCGAGACGGAUAAGUGGACCGAACUCAGGCCUCCGCUAGCAGCCCAUACUCUGACAGCUACUCGACUGCGAUUCUCCUCCGACGACAAAUAUCUCCUGAGUGUUGGCCGUGAUCGUCAAUGGGCCAUUUUCGAGAGAGGUGUCGGAGAAGAUUCAGUCAUUCAAUACCAGCUGCUACAGUCUAAUGCCAAGGGCCACUCCCGUAUGAUUCUCGACGCCGCAUGGGCUCCCUCUCCUUCAGUGCCCUUGUUCGCCACAGCAGGCCGAGACAAGCAGGUCAGAGUCUGGUCGUUGUCGAAGCAAAGUGGUGAGAACGAGGCCAAGCCCCAGUUUACACAGGUGUCAUCAUUGGCUUCAGACGGGCCAGUCACAUCAGUCGAUUUCUUGACGCAGCCCGUGGGGAACAAGUAUGUUCUCGCGGUAGGCACGGAGAGCGGGCGUGUUAGCCUGUGUACAGUGGCUGAAGAUGGCUCAUCCAUCUUAGAGCUGCCGACGUCUCCUGAGUUGAUUCUCCCCAAGACAGUUCUUCAGCUAGCUUGGCGGCCGGUAAGCAAGGAUGAAAACGCCGCCAAGUAUGAGCUUGCUGUUGCCGGAGAGGAUAGCUCGCUAAGGGUCUAUGGUUUUGGAGAGGAAUAUUUUACAGAACAGAAGCAGUCAAGCACUUGAAUGAUUCAUAUCCAGGGCAAAAUACAUUGGACAUUUACAUCUUGGCCAGGCAUUCAAACACUCAAAAACACUUCCAUUGGUGCUUAAAAAGAAGAAGAAGAGGAAGAGCUAGAGGAACAUUUUGUAUUACCACCACUUUAAGCUCGUAGCAGGAGCGUAUUAAUUUAUACCAUCAUUAAAGCCAUACAAGGCCGGCCAUUCCAUUACACUUCUUCGAAACCAAUAUACCCAACGCCAAAUAGUUCAUCACAGAUAGGAACGACUGUCAACAAAAGCCGCUCUGCCCCCUUGCUCGUCGCUCUCGAUAUGAAGCCAAGUGUUUUGAUUUCGCCAGGCAGUAGAUUGCACCUUUUCUCUCCCACUCUCAUCAGCCCUUAUAUUCGUGUCCGUUAUUAUCGUAAGCGCCUCGCUCCGGCUCGUACAUCUCUCAAUAUUCUUUGUCUCCCAGUUGUCGAUUUGUUUAUAGCUCUCUCACAACCGCCGCAGCGCCCUUGCCAGCUCCCAGCGCCCCGUCAAAGACAUUUCUCGCAAACGCCGCAAUGUCAAUCGUCUCGCCGUUGAUGUAGUACCACGCGCGGCCGGCAAGAAGGGAGACGUGUUGCGGGAGGUACAGGGUUGCGGCGAUGGAGGUCAGGCUGAUGAGCAGGAAGAGGACCGAAU